AUGGUAUUAAUAAUUGAUAAAAGCUUUAGAACUCGGGUUUUGCCAUCUGGAACACCUUGCUAUAGCUCAUCAGCUGUUUAUUUUGAUAAAAAUGUCUAUUGCUUUGGAGGAAGAUACAAUGUAAUGAGUAGCGCUCCUCUCUCCGAAAGAUUUGAUUUGGAUAAAAAUCGGUGAAUUAAGCUCACUCCAAUGCCAAAAGCAGAUUUCCAUUGCAGUAGCAUAGCUUUCAAUGGAAACAUCUUGAUUUCUGGGUUUUUUAAUAGAAACUUGCUGCUGUACUCAAUUGAUAUGGACUCUUUCUCAACAAUCUCUUAUGAUUUUACAGAGAAUAAGCAAAAGCUUCUAUUAAAUGCAUGGAGACUGUAUUUAAUUGAGUUUCGUGGAGGGAUGGUUUAUGAAAGUGAGGCUGGGAAUGAAUAUUCUUGGGAAAGAGUUGCAGAUUCAAUAAUUAGAGGGCAUGAUCCUGGCCAAAUCUGCUGAUCUUAUAAUAAAUGCGGAAUAUACAUUGGAGAAGAAUAUUUUGAUGGUAGGUCAAGCCAUUUCAAAUACUUCAGAUUUGAUUUAAUUAGUAAAGCUAUGAAGAAAAUUGUACGAAAACUAUGAUAAAUAAAAUGGCAUUCGGUUCGAGAGAAAUUAGCUCUGCUAAUUUUCUCUCCCUCAUGGAAUUUUAUUUAUAGGGUUAGGUUUUCACUCGAGAACUUCUGGGACAGCAAUAGCGGUUUAACUCUGGGGAUAACCAGAGGAACCACUCCUCAGUCCACUCAAGAUUUCGGGCUUUUACCUCUCAGCACAUCCCCACGGGAGGAUGACCCUUAGGCGGAACACGCGCAGGAGCUGAGUCGAGCGACAAGGGCGACGGCAACGCGCCGGGUGAGACGUGCAGCAAGGCCAGUGAAGCAGGAAUUGAUAGAAGGCUUGGAUGGGGCUGACCCGUGCCAAGAUGGCUCGCCUACGUCACUAGUUUUUGCUAUAGGCCCUUUUGGGCUGCGGCACUAGACACCUUAAACACCAGAUAAUUAAGUAAGUAAGUACGAAAACUAUAA